AUGUCGGUCCCUCGCGCGCGGCUGCUCGCCUUGAUGAAGGCUCAAUGCCAGCUCUUCUCGACCACAUACAACCCCGAAGGCGUCCGCACCGGCAACAAGAUCCUGCGACAGCGACUCAGGGGACCCGCCCUUGCCUCGUACUACCCCCGCAAGGUCAUGUCGUUCCGCGAUUUCCAGGACGAAUUCAGGGCACUCGAGCUUGAGGUUGAAGACGACGACGAACUCGACCGCCUCGAACACGUCGCAGCUCUCAAAGCUCGUGGGAAGGGGACACCGAAGAAAGGGAAGGAUCGGGACAAGAAAAAGAAAUAA